CACGAUGGACGCCGCGGCGGAGAAGACGGCCGUGGAGAUCCGCCGCGAGCUCCAAGAGCUGCAGCGCCAGCACCGCGAGAUCAGCGAGCGCCUGCGCGACCCCCGAGGCCCCCGACGCGGCGCCCCCGCCACCGGCCCCGGCCCCGGCCCCGGAGGCCCCCGCCCGCUCCGCGGCUUCGCCAGACCCGCCCCGGAGCCGGUGGACCAGCCCGAGCCCAAGCGCCGGCUUCUUUCUGCCGUGGUUAAAGUGGAUGGCCCUGGAACUAAUGGGGAUGAUGCGGCGGCGGAGGGGCGUGAGGAUGGACCAAAUGCUGCUCAAGGUGGUGAGAGGAGGGGAGCCAGUAAUGGUGGGUUUAGGAGGGAUGGGAGCCAGUGGGUAUCCAGGAGGGAGCUUGAUAAUCAGCUGCCAGAGCCUCUCCCGAGGCCGGCUCCCAAGGAAGAGGAUCAGAGCUUGGUGAGGAGGAACAAGAGAAUGCUGGGGAAGCUUCUUGUUGGCACGCUAGAGAAAUUUCAGCAUGAGAACAGACCGGAAAAAGGCCUUCCCAUAAAGGUUUAA